GUGUGGACGCCGGUGCGCGUGGAUCUGCGGAGGGCGGAACGGAUAACCCAUGUGUUGGCAGUGAAGCGGCGCGCGGUCUCGCUCAGCAGAGACGCUGUUGUCGCUGGGGUGAUUUCGUUCCACUCACCAGGUUUUAGGAAGAAGAGGACAAAUGGAAAGCUGCGGAGGGAAAUGAGAUGAGAGGGAGUCGGGCUGUUCCUCUUGAAGACGGGAGCUCCUCAUCAUGUGAUUUAAGCAGAACAAAGACGGCUUUUCUUUAACAGAAACCAGAAGUGGCAUUGAAAACGGGACCUGCUACUGACCGUUCAUCCAGAGGUGCCCACUGCCAUGGAGAAGACCUACUCACUCACAGCCCACUAUGAUGAGUUUCAGGAAGUCAAAUAUGGCGGCCGAUAUAGCAGUGACAUCCUUAGCAAUGGUAUGACUCUGCAUUUGGGCGGAAGCCUGGACCGGCAUGUAGGCCGCAGUCGAGGUGGGACUUGGUCCAACGGCAGGAGCAAAGAUCUGAGCAGCUCCAGCAACAGUGGAGGUGGACUUCCCCGCUGGAGCCGCCGAGAGAUUUGCCUCCUCUCUGCGCUUGUUUUUGCAGCUGGCAUGUGUGUCAUCCUGGGAACUAUGCUGGCCCUCAAAUACAUAUCUCUGGACGCCCAGCAGGAUCCUCAGUGUAAACAGGACUGCCAACGCAAACGUUCGCUUUUACGGGCAGCGCGUUUUGUCCAGGCCAACAUCGACCCGACCAUCCAGCCGUGUGAGGACUUUUAUUCCUUCGCCUGUGGGGGCUGGUUGAGGCGUCACGGCAUCCCAGAGGAUAAGCUCAGCUACGGCAUCAUCACAGCCAUCGGGGAACACAAUGAAGAGAAACUACAGCGCCUCCUGCUGGAGCCGAUCAGGAGGCCAGGCCCCAACUCAGCAGAACGCAAAGUCAAGGAGUUCUAUCGAUCAUGUGUCAACAUUCAGGAUAUCGACAAGCUCGGCUCGGAACCCAUGACAGAGGUGAUCGAUAGCUGUGGAGGAUGGGACCUGGUGGGAGCGCCACCUGGUGCUGCGGGGUGGGAGGCAGAGGGUGCCCCGCAGAGGCCAGACUUCAACGAGCUGCUGUACAGGACUCAGGGUGUGUACAGCACCGCUGUGUUCUUCUCCCUCACCGUCAACGUUGACGACAAAAACUCCUCCCGGAACGCUAUCAGGAUUGAUCAGGAGGGACUCACACUGCCGGAAAGAAGCCUUUACCUGGGACAGGAUGAGGACAGUGUCAAGAUUUUGGCUGCGUACAAGGCUUUGAUGGAGCGGUUACUGAGCAUGCUGGGCGCUCACAACGCCACCCAGAAGUCCAAGGAGAUUAUACAGCUGGAGACCCGUCUGGCCAACAUCACUGUAUCAGAGUACGAUGACCAAAGAAAGGACAUCAGCACCAUGUACAACCGCAUCACCCUCAGGCAGCUACAGCGCAUCGCUCCCAGUCUGCACUGGAAACGUCUGCUGGACAGAAUCUUCCACGACAACUUCUCUGAGGAUGAAGAGAUUGUGGUGCUCGCGACUGACUACAUUCAAAAAGUCUCUGACAUCAUCAAGACCACGUCAAAGAGGGUUCUCCAUAACUACAUGCUGUGGCGCAUCGUGGCAGCGUUGAGCGAGCAUCUGUCCACAGCGUUCCGCAGCACCAUCCACGAGUUUUCUCGGGAGAUUGAUGGCACCGAGCAGCAGCUCGAACUGGGUCGACUGUGUCUGACCCAGGCCAACAAACACUUUGGGAUGGCCCUGGGAGCCCUUUUUGUCCAGCAGCACUUCUCCUCACAGAGCAAGGCCAAGGUACAAGAGCUCGUGGAGGACAUCAAGCACUCGCUGGACCUGCGGCUACAAGAGCUGGACUGGAUGGACGAGGCCACCAAGGAAGCAGCUAGAGCAAAGCUCAAGUACAUGAUGGUGAUGACUGGAUACCCAGACUUCCUGCUCAAGGCUGAGCUCAUAGAUCAGGAAUAUGGGUUUGACGUGAAUGAGAAAACCUACUUCAAGAACAUCUUGAACAGUAUCAAGUUCAACAUCAAGCUGUCGGUCAAGAAGAUCCAUGAAGAAGUGGACAAAACGGCGUGGCUUCUCCCUCCCCAGGCCCUCAAUGCCUACUACCUGCCCAACAAGAACCAAAUGGUUUUUCCAGCCGGCAUCCUUCAGCCCACUUUAUACAACCCUGAAUUCCCACAGUCCCUCAAUUACGGUGGAAUUGGGGCGAUCAUUGGACAUGAACUGACUCAUGGAUAUGAUGACUGGGGGGGCCAGUAUGAUCGGCACGGCAACCUGAAGCAAUGGUGGACUGAGGAGAGCUACCGAAAGUUCCAGAAGAAAGCCGAGUGUAUCGUCAAACUCUACGACAAUUUCACAGUUUACAACCAGAAGGUGAAUGGCCGUCUGACACUGGGAGAGAACAUCGCAGAUAUGGGAGGACUCAAGUUGUCGUACUUUGCGUAUCAGAAGUGGGUGAGAGAGCACGGCCCAGAGAGACCACUGCCUGGACUCAGAUACACGCACGAGCAGCUGCUCUUCAUUGCAUUCGCACAGAACUGGUGUAUGAAGAGGAGAUCCCAGUCCAUCUAUCUGCAGCUGCUCACUGACAAACACGCGCCGGAGCACUACAGAGUCAUCGGCAGCGUGUCCCAGUUUGAUGAGUUUUCGCGAGUAUUCCACUGUCCCAAAGGUUCCCCCAUGAACCCGGUGGACAAGUGCUCUGUGUGGUGACAUCCAUGCCGAGCUCGAACUUCGUCCUCUGAGGCAGGACGCCCAAAUCCGUUGAGAGCCUUUACCCACCUCGCUGGAUUAACAUCUCCGUCCAUCCCAGACUAAUAGCAUGGGUCACAUGACCAUCUGCCAUGUACAUAUAUCAUUUGAUUCUCUAUAUUUUUCUAUUUUAUAUUAUUUCUAAAUCAUCUAUUUUUGUAUUUAGACAAAGGUCAUAGAGCCUAAACGAUGCAUUGCAUCCAUGCAAUAUUUCUUUUCUUGAUAUAUUUCAUUUAUUUCAGACCACAUUGUUAAGAAUUAGCUGCAGUCGUGAGUCCAGCCCCCGGUGGUGACUGAAAUGAAUCUGACUGACUGACAGUUGGCGUCUCCCUGCUGCCAGAGCUGCGUGGCUGCGUGUUUGUGUCCCGAUGCUGCCCUCUAGAGGCGGCAGAGCGAGAGGCGCGCACACUCUCCAACCAUCAUGACUGUUUGCCUGCUCUGGUGAUCUCUCGUUACUGUGAGUGUUUGUAGAGUUUUUUGAAAAGAUUCGUCGUGUUGUUUCUUUUUAUGGUCAAGGGUGAUGUUUUCGAGAGGUUAUUCAUUUGACAACCUGAUGGAAAAGCCUUGUUUCCUCCCCUCUUCUUCGACUCGGACGUGAAUUCCAAGGUUCAGAAUAGUCUGAGACUAUGACAGAGAGGGGCUUUUGUGCAUUUGUACACUGUCAUUAAAAUGCUUUUGUAUCAAACAUCUUUGUACAGUGAAGACGUAAAUCAGGUUUUCUUUUUGAGGAGCGUGCAUGUAUUUUUCCACAUGGCAGCUCUUAACACGGUGGGAGUCGCAGCUGCUGCUUAGCUACGUGGCUGCUAUCGUUUCCUCUCAGUGUUAUAGAUGUUCAA